AUGACAUUGAUUGAAAUAUCUCAAAAUUUAUUUUUAUUCCCUGGUUUAAACCCAAAAUCAUAUCUACCAUUAUUUCUCCACGUCCUGUAUACCUCCCCUCUACUACAUUAUCACUUCCACUCCAAAUCUCCUCCAACAAUGGAAGCUCCCGGGAAAGUGCCCCUUUCGCACACGUUGUGGUCCCCUCAUGACACUGUGAAAGAUGUGGCCGAGUUUCUCGGCAUCAAUCUCCCCGACGAUGCCGCCAAAAACUUGGCCAUGGAUGUCGAGUACAGAAUCCACGAAAUCCUCGAAACGGCCAUCAAAUUCAUGCGUCAUUCGAAGCGUAAGCUUUUGACCACCUCCGAUAUCAGCCAUGCGUUGCGUGUGCUCAACAUCGAGCCUCUAUACGGCUAUGACACCUCUCAACCUCCAGUAUUUAAGGAGGCACUUUUUGGAGCUGCGGGUCAGACAUUGUACUACUUAGACGAGGCAGAAUUCGAGUUCGAGAAGUUGAUCAAUCAGGAGCUUCCCCGGGUUCCGCGCCAGGCCACAUUUACUGCUCAUUGGUUGGCUAUUGAAGGUGUGCAACCAACUGUUCCUCAAAACCCGUCUGCGUCUGAAAUCAAAAGCUUGCCUCCCAUUUCUCGAGGCGCAAUCUCAUCGAUUCUUAGCAAUGACUUGUUGAGUUCUGCUGCUGACUCCUCGAAUGGCGCUAGCGCUGCUCAGGGCGAGGAUAGUAAGGAUUUGCGCCAGAAGAAGAAAGAUAAAGAUGUAGAGAUCAAACCACUCGUUAAACAUGUCCUUUCCAAAGAACUCAAAUUGUACUUCGACAAGGUCGUGGAGGUACUCAUCUCUUCAGAUCCAGAAAAGGAAAGUUUGAGAGAAGCUGCGUUGAGCUCGUUGAGAACAGAUCCUGGAUUGCACCAACUUGUGCCUUAUUUUAUCCAGUUUGUGGCCGAACAGAUCACAAAUCAGCUCCGAAACAUCGACUUGUUGAUAACAAUGCUCGAUGUGAUCUCAGCGUUGUAUGAUAACAAGACUAUUUUCCUUUCGCCCUAUGUCCACGCCUUGAUGCCGUGUAUUCUUACUCUUCUUUUGGCCAAAAGAAUUGGCACGCCCUCCAAGGAAGGUUCUUCGGAAGAAGCCGCACAAGAACUCAUGAAAAGCCAGUUUGCUGUGCGUGAAUUUGCUUCAGUUUUGCUCGAACACGUGUUGAACUCGUACGGCAGUUCUUACUCCACACUCAAGCCCCGUGUAGCCCGUACCCUACUUCGAGCCUUGCUAGAUGCAACAAAGCCUAUUGGAACUCACUACGGUGCUUUGCUUGGUUUGGAAAAACUUGGACCAGAGGUCAUUAAGCUCGUCUUGGUUGGUAACUUGAAGCUGUGGUACAAAUUAGUCAUUGAGGAUAGCGACAGAACUGAGAUCGAGAAACAGAUUCUCACUGAUAAGACUGUCGAAGUUCUCAGUAAGCUCAGUUCUGAGAUCCCCGAUAUCGCCGACCAAGAUGCCAUGGAGACAGACGACGUGUCAACAGAAAUCCAGUCAAAGCUUGCUGAGAGAAUAGGCGAAUCUCUAGCGAAAAUAGUUCUCGAGCGACCCAAUGCGAAGCAAAUUUGUAAGGGAAUUUUCUUCGGAGAGGUGAAUGUAUAG